CCGAUUAAAGAAGCAGAACUUUGCAUUUUCCGGGAACUCUCGAGGACGAACUUUGAAAAUAUCAAAAUUCAAAAUGAAUCGACAAGCCGUUCGCGACUGGCUAGCGUUGCUGACGAUGGAAAAGUACACAGAGAACUUUUUGGAGCGUGGCUACGAUUGUAUUGCCCGCUUGAAGCUCAUCGUCUGCUCCGAUCUCGUCAUGCUGGGUGUUGAUAAUCCUGGCCACAGGAAGUUGUUGCUCAACGGUGUCCAAUUUUUGAUUAACUCACCAGAGUUCGCAGGCUCGGAGCCGUGCGAGCUGCAUGGUUUUUCGGAGAGGAAAGAGGAAGAUAUCAACGAAGAGUCCACUACCAACAAAUAUUUAGAACUAUUUAAAUUUUUGGAUAUACCAAAGGAAAAGCACGAGAUAGUGCCGCUGGAGUCCCGUAGGAUGCCCAUCGCCGCGGGCAACACCGGAUCAUCGGAUCAAGAAGUACAAUCUUUGGUGCGCAGGAAAGUUAGGCGAAUAAGAUGCCCGAGGACUAUAGCAUUAAUAGAGGCAAAUGAAGCAAACAGCAUUGUUAUUGAUUAGCUGUACGAAUACUGUUGAUUAUCUCUGGGAAAUCCAUUAUAACUUGGGUCCCAACAACCAUAAAGAAAAUCCAAUUACUCUUUAAAGGAUAUCUGCCGUCAGAAUAAAUGAUAAAUUAUA